AUGUGCUUCGGCUCCAAAUCCAAACCCGAACCCGACGCCGCAGAUGGCCCACCGCUCCGGCAAACCGUAAUCAGAAACCCAAAUCUCUUCCGCACACCGACCUUCGAUCAAGGCCGUGCCCGGCGCGCCAGUGGACGCAGGGAGUCGCCCGCUUCGGGCCACUCGCCGUCGGAAUCACUACGUAACUACGAUGGUGCGGAAGAGAGGCUGCGGAAUCUGAGCACGGUGAGUCCGGGGUACACACCCAGCGAGAAGAGGUAUUCGACAAACAAUGCGGGGGAUGAUGAGGUGGCCCCGGUUGUUGCGACGCGCGCCGGGACGGAGACGGAUGUGGGGACGGAGUCGGCGUCGACGUCGACGGCGGUGGCACCAGCCCCUGCGCCAGAGAUAAAGGGGCUUGAGGGAGGGGAUAGGAGGAGUGGGGAUGGCGUGAUACGAUGA